AUGGACCAAAUUGGGUUUGAUGGUGCCUUGGGCUUGUCGAAUGACAAGUCUCAGAAUUUGGGUGCUUACGUCUACCAACCACCAAAACACGGAAAAGCAGCAGGCGAGCGACCCUCAAAGCGUCGCAAAGUUUCCUCGGGGGCCACCUUGGACGAGAAACGAAAUGCACAACGUUUUGUAUUGCUUUUAGACGGAGAAGAGAAUUCCGAGUCUGUUCAAUUGCGAUACAAUACCUAUAAGAAGCUAUGGUCAAAGCAGGAGAACAAGAUCCAGGCUAUUCUUGAGGAUGUUGAUGCUGGAGUUUUGACAGACGUCUUGUCCUUUGUUAGAGAAACCUCACCUCAGACUUGCAAUGGAUGCAUCCCCACGGCGUUGGUUACGGUUGGGUCCAAUGUGUCUUCACUUAGCAGACUGCUAUCACGGCUUAAUGACCAAUUGAUAUCGACAGAAGAGGGCAGUGUGGUGGUACUGGAAUCAGGUGAUGCUCCUAACUUGAAAACAACAUUGAAGAACAUCAUCCGGGCUACCGUCACCAAUACGGAUGGCAAUGACGGCUACCAAAAGUUCCUCACAGACCGUGCCGGACCUCGACUACUCGGUUAUGAUCUUGACCUUCUCCACGACUAUGUACAAAGAAAGGGGACUAAGAAACUGGUUCUCGCUCUUCGGGAUUCCGAAGCUUUUGAUCCUGGACUUUUGACGGACCUAUUGUCCCUCUUCAAAUCAUGGCUCGAUCGCAUCCCAUUCACUGUCUUGCUUGGUAUUUCAACCUCGGUGGAGCUCUUCGAAGGUAGACUGCCUCGCUCGUGUGUUGCUUUAUUACGAGGAAAGCAUUUUGAGGUCCAAGAGGCCGGAAACUGCGUGGACCGGAUAUAUGAGUCUCUACAAACUGACACAAAUACCCAAUUAUGGCUGGGUCGCAAUAUUACCAGCACUCUCUUCGAAAACACAAGCGAUUAUUUCCAAAGUCCGGAGGCAUUUAGUCGCAUGGUCAAGUAUUCGUACAUGUCUCAUUUCUUCGCAAACCCUCUGGCGGUAUUAUUUGCCAACCCGGCUCCUACGGCUCUCACUCAAAGCAAGCUUUGUGAAGCCAUCAGAAAUUUGCCCUCAUUCCGAAUGUUCUGUGAGGAUCUAGUGGAAGAAGGAUCUGGCAAGCAAGUACGAGACAUGAUUGAAAAUGACGAAUAUCUGAUCCAACAAACGAUCAAGUCCGUCGAUGCCGGCCAGCAAAUAAUGCGAAAACUCUUUCAAACAGUUCGUGUCGUACAUGCCUGUCUUCAAUAUACACAAACUGGGAAGAAGAUCAAUGUGUCUGACCUUUCUGUGCGUGCGCUCUGUGGUGAGCUCUACGAGUCCAAUGUUAUGGAAGAAAUGAUGGCCACUACGAAGACGUUGGACUCCGACAAACUGCUUGAACUCAUUUCGCGUUUGCGCCAGAUUAUACACAGCCCAGAAGCAGAGCAAAUCCUGCAAGAUCUCGGAACUCUAUUGGAAUCAUCCCCAGAUUCUGGUCCGCUGCGCAGUGGAUACAAUAUUAAUAGCACUGUCACCAAAACCACUGUGGUUCAACAGCGUAUCCAGCUAACCAAGGGGAUAGCUGAACAAUCGGAACAGGACUUUGAAUACACCACGAUUGUUGACCGACUGGUUGCGCUUCUGCAAGAACAUCUGACGGAAACUUUGAUCAACCCCCAAGAUUUGUUCCUACACGAGGCCUUCUUGUUUGAUUUGAGGAGUCCAUUGAAGGAAACAUUUGGUCCUCGCCCCCGCUUUGCAAUCGAACGUGCGCUUGCCACUCCGUUUGACUACCUGCUUUCCUCGACGAUUGACACUACCACCAAAGUUUCAGCCAAACAGCCUGCCACGGCGAUUCUAUAUCAACUAUAUCUCGAUUCAGGCGCCAUGGUGAACGUUCAUGAUCUCUGGCAGGCUUUCCUUGGCGUGUUCGAAACCGAUCAGGGUAAAUCCUGCGAUGACCGAGUUGUGAUGUCUUUGUUCUAUAGUGCUCUCUCAGAGCUCAAGGCAUUUGGUGUAGUCAAGAACAGUCGGAAGAAGACUGAUCAUUUGGCUAAAUGUGCGUGGAUGGGACUCUAG